GGGACUUGCAUAACAGGCAGAAUUAGCGGCGUGUGCCAGGCGGUCAAGCCAUGCUGUCGGGUACGCUGCUGGUCACCCUCGCGGCAUUCGCCGUCGCGGGGGCCGAGCCAACUUGUAACGAGACGCUCAGGCAGGGCUAUCGGGUACAGCAGAUCCACUGUACCGGCUUCGACAAUCCGGAGCAACUGUGGAACGCCGUGCCGAGAGACCUGGACUUGCCGAAGACGAGACUCGUACUGCGGGACAGCGUCCUGAGCUACUUCCUGCCGCAGACGUUCGUCGGGACCAACGCAACGUACCUCAAGCUCAGCAACGUCACCGUCGGCCGAUACGUGCGCGGAUGGCUGCAACGGUACUAUCCUUUCGAAGGACUCGAGGACACGCUGGAGGUCUUCGAACUGGCGGACGACAGCACGUUCCCGAGCAGCUGGACCCUACUUAGCGACAUGCACUCGCUGACCGAACUCAGGCUGGUCAACAUGAACGGCUUGAAACUGUCGAGCAACUUUGCCCAGCUGCCGCGCACCCUGAGCCACGUGGCGGUGAUAAGGUCGACCAUAGAGAGCGUGGACGACGAUUGGCUGGCGUCGCUGACGAACCUGGAGAAGGUGUCCGUGAUCAAGUGCAACUUGGUGAAGUUCUCGCGCACGAUGCUGCCGCGUCCUGCUGCCAAGCUGUGGAGACUCAUACUCGACCAUGCCAACCUGACUUCGCUGCCGCUGGACUUUGCCGAAGAGCUCCCAGAACUUAAGGAAGUUGGUCUGCGGCACAACUUCAUCACGUCCUUCAGAGCCGCCACGCUUUUGCCGCUGGCUCGAAACGGAACAAGGGUCAGCCUAGUAGGAAACCCCUUGACGUGCGACUGCAAAGCGGCGUUCCUUCUCGACUUGCCGGAGGACUGGCACUACCCGAAGUGCGCCGCUCCCGAUUCCCUGCUGAACAGGAACAUCAAGGAGCUAACGACUGUUCAGCUGGGCUGCGACGCCAUCGCCGGAGGUCCUUUCGUUGAAGCGACCUCUACGGAAGAAGGAAACGAGACCUCUUAAACCGUACGCGCAACGCCGGUGCAUUGCUUCGAACGCGUCUUAAUAAGGGAAAGCUUUAACGUAUCGCCGAAUGCGGGGUGCUGCCGGCUUUCAAGUCUCACAGAGACGAGCAGAAACUCCUUUCGCCUACAGCUUACGCCGCCGCUAUUGAAGCUGGGUGCGUGGUUCUCGUGACUCAAGGCAUCUUAGGAGCAGCAAGCAAGUGAAUAAACGAAAA